AUGGAACCGGGACCACCCAAAAAACGGAAGGUCAAUAACGAGUCUUAUGACCAAGAAGUGACUUCUUCUGUCACGUCAUCAUCCUCGUCCAUCCAAGUUGUAGAUCUCUCUGUGAUACCUCCAAGUCCACAAAUCCCAGGAACUUCUAAAGAAGCUGCAACGUCAGGACAAAUGGAUUCUAAAUUACGGGAACUUCUCCUCUCCUCACCUGCUCACCUUUUCGGCCACCAACCAGCUGCUCAGCCGGGAGGUAACAAUCCUCAGGCAGCUGUAACAAGUUGGGAGAACUGGUUAUGCGUGUUGGCAACAAACUUAUCACCAGCGCAGUGGCAGGGCUACUGGUUGGCACAUUGUGCUCUUUUCGGCGAACAAGCGGUUCCAGUGCACAUGCUCAGCUUCUUCCAAGGACAAACGUCGCCGUCUUCUUCAUCCUCACCGUCCUCCACAAUACAACAAGGGCCACAUCCGAAUGAUGCAAUUCAAGAGAGAUACGAAAUGGGGAACGCUGCGUCCGGUGGAUCGUCUGGAAACGGAGGAUCGUCGAGACGUGCCGGUGGUGGUGGAGGUGCUGGAAACGAGUUUGGAAGUGCGACCGUGUUUUCGAAUGGACGGCUAGCAGCUGCAGAGACCAGUGAGUUUUUUUUGGUUUUAUCUUGGGAUUUUGAUGGUGAUAAAUUGUAA